UGCACCCUGGCCAAUGCCACUAAAGACGUGAAUGGAGGCAAACAUUGCGCAGUAUGCGUGCUUCUAGUGGCCUUGACAGAGCAGCUAGCAGAAGUCAACAAUGCUUCCAUAUCCGACACCUUGCAGAAGGUCUGUUUCUAUCUUCCCGCUUCAUUCAGACCUCCCUGUAGAGAGGCUAUCGAGUUCAUGGAACCACUGUUGGUAGAGUUAGUUGUACAGAGAGCGGGACCCGAUGUCGCUUGUCAUGCCCUGGGAUUCUGCAGGACAGACCCAGGUUACGAAAGAUGUGAAAGUUUUGCACCAACUUUUCAGCAGGAGAGUGGCUUACGCUUUGAAGAACACGUUUACAGAGUAAAACAGUCUUUCAAAUAUCGGUUUCCAAAGAUACGCCUCACUUCAAAUGUCUGUGAUUUGCCAGGGAUAACUACAGUCUGCAAGUGGAUACAAAAGUUCACAGAUCUGCAUGAGCCGCUGGUGGACGUCGACGGGGAUGGAUUCAGUGCUGUCAAGACACUAAGGGGAGCCUACUGGCGUGGCAAAGAUUGCUCCGACUUCUCUGCAGACUAUCAUCCCGGAGCUGUACCAAAACACGGCGAUAAAGAAUUUGACUCUAACUGUAAUGGCAUUUUUGGUGUAGACAACCAGACAAACAUACCCUUCGAGGAAGAAUUAUGUGGUUCGUCGCAGGCUCGAGGUGUGGCUGCGCUGGGUGAUUCCAUUGCUGCUAACUUCCACUUCCCAUCAAAAUGGGUUGAUCCCACACACAUAUCAAAGGAAGCCUUCAUUCAUCUAGAUACAAUUGUUGAGGAUGAACUAGACUGGCCAAUGAUGUCCUCUAUAACAGGAUAUGGAACAAAUCAUUGGAAGGAGGCUGUAACUGGAGCUGUGGAUUCAAUUUAUCUCCGUUUAAGGGAGAGAAACCACUGCAACCACAGGGAUUACCAGAAUAUUGCUGUCAAUGGAGAGAGGUCAUUUUCAGCAAGAAAACUUGUACACUCACUCUCCCGUCUGAGGGACAAAGAUAAGCCACUGAUUGUCUUCCAUGUUCUUGUGGGAAAUGAUGUCUGUAAUGGCCAUGUGGACACGCUUUCUCAUAUGACAACACCUGCCGUCUUUUACAACAACACAGUGGAGAUUUUAGAAACACUGAAUACAAAGCUUCCAAAGGGGAGUCACGUGUUCCUGAUAGGCCUGGCUGAUGGGCAAGUACUCUAUGAUGGACUGGCCGAGAGAACGCACCCUUUGGGUUCGUACUGGGGGACGUUUACUUAUGCCAAAUUCUACGACUUACUGAACUGUCUUCAGAUAUCCCCCUGUACAGGAUGGAUGAACUCCAAUAAGACAGUCAGAGAUUUGACAACGAAAAGAGCAAAUGAACUGUCUGAUACUUUGCGCUGGAUAUCAGUGCAGCAGAGACACAGCUACUCGAACUUCCAGCUCUAUUAUCUGGACAAUCCUGUUAACGAAGUCAUUGCAACGUGGAGGAAACAAGGUGGCCAGAUUUGGCAGCUGAUUGAUGCAGCAGACGGCUUUCAUACCAGUCAAGUGACAAGUGCUCUAGCUGCCCAGGUCCUAUGGGACAAGAUUCUAUCAGAUUACCCAGAAGUCUUUGGAGCUCAGAAUCCACAUAAUGAACUUAUACAGAAAUUGUUUGGAGAUCAAGGAGGAUACUAG